ACUUCCCGUUUUAUAAGUAACUAAGUCAUUCGCCUAUGUGUUAAUUGCAUCGUAACAGACGACAAUGAAAGGUUCAUUAUUAUUUUUUAUUAUUUUUUCCUCGGCCUCUGCGCGGACAAGCCUCGAAUCGAUACCUUUUGGAUUUUACGAAAAACUCAAGAACAGUGCGAAUAGACAAUGUAGCAUAGACGUGAAUAUUUUGUUGGAUGGAAUGGAAAAUCUAAACAAAUGGGCUUUGGAAAUGAUUGAUUCGUCGGCUAAAUUGCCUUCGGGAAUAUUGAGAGGAAAUUUAAAUCAAUAUGGUGACUUUGAUGAGUGCAUUAACGCUAAUGAUAACAAUGGAAUGGCAGGCAAGUACUGUUUAGCUGCAAUCCAAUUAAAACAACCUGUGUUUAGCGAUCAAAUCAGCGCUUACCACCAAGUCAGAAAUAAUCUAACCGAUCCAGGUCAUCGUUUACCAAAAUUCUCUACCAUAUACUGGGGCGUCUGCAUACCGUCAUCUUGUGGCCCGGACGACGUAUCUUCUGCAAUUAUGGCAAUUAUUCAGAAAUUCCAAGACGCCGAGGUACUUGUUGAGAAUGAUAUGUGUCAGAUGAAGCGUAUACCAAAGAAUUCAACUGAUUUCGAUUGGGCACGAUUUUUGAUAGCCAUUUUAAUUUUGUAUUUUAUCCCAAUCGGAGUUGGAGCAUUUACUGUGCCAGAUGAUCUUGACCCUGAUGUGGAACGGAACGCGCCCUUUAUGCUACAAAUGACGAAGGUUUUGAGGAACUCAUUUGCAAUCUUGCCGAACUUUAAAUCUCUAUUAAUUUCUCCUGCUAGAAAUGGAUUUAAAAGUUUACAAGGAAUGCGAGCUCUGAAUAUGAUCGCUCUACUCUUAUGUCACAUGGCUAUGGCAAAAAUGUUUUUGCCAUAUUUAAAUAAAACUGAGUUAUCUGAAAACAUGUCUAAACCAUGGCUGACCAUAGGAAGAGUAGCGUAUUUAUACACGGAUUCUUUUUUGGCCAUCAGCGGUUUAUUAGCUGCAUACACAUUAAGUAGAUUUUCGCCAGUGAAGAGUGUUAUUUCACGUUAUAUACGAUUAACAGCAACUUUAGUAACUGUAAUGAUUAUUUGCACAAAAUAUUUGCCUGGUAUGAGCUACGGACCUAUGUGGAAUAUGGUCAUCACGCGACACUCAGAUCUCUGUUACAAGAACUGGUGGAAAAACAUAUUAUACGUUCAAAAUUUGUUUGGUUUUAAAAAUAUGUGUUUAACGCAUACUCAUCAACUCGCUAUUGAUUUUCAACUGUUCAUGAUGGCUAUUAUACUGAUGUAUUUGUUACGAAAAAGUAAAACUGUCGCACUAUUAAUAAUUGUAACUAUCAUGUCAGCAUCUACAAUCAUUCGUUAUCAAGCCGUAAAAAUGUAUGAUUUGGCUACAGUUGUUUAUUUUGGAUCGGACAUUUCACAGUUGAACCGUACGUUUGAUUUGACGUACACUUUGCCCACUCACCGAGCAACUGUGUAUCUAAUGGGAUUUUUGGUUGGUUAUUGGAUGCAGCAAGGUGGUCGACUAAACAUUUCCGGCGCACAAGUUAAGAAAUGGUGGCUUAUAGCUACCACUUGUGGUCUGCUAGCAGUUUUUGGACCUUAUCAACUUACCGAUAUGAACUACGUGUACAAUAAUACACAUUUGGCGAUUUUCAAUGCUAUCGCACCUAUUCUAUGGUCCGUCUUUAUACUGUGGUGUAUCAUUGCUACCGAUAACGGGCACGGUGGUUGGUUUGGAAGUUUAUUGUGCUGUAAACCGUUUGCAUUUCUUUCAAACAUUUCGUAUGCCGUUUAUUUGGUGCAGUAUCCAGUGUUUUUCUAUUUCGUUGGAACAGCAAGAGGGCCGUCUUUGCAUUCUAUAACUACCAUGUUUGAUGUUGGCCAAAUGAUACUGAUUGUGGGAUUAUCGAUCAUCCUGACGUUGAUAAUCGAUAUUCCAUUCCAAAAAAUUGGCAAAUUUUUAACAGAAGGAACGAAUGAAAAAGUGAAAUCAUUUUAAGUUGUUUAAUUACUUAAUUCUCUAUUUAUUACUACUAAUUAUAAACUACGGAAGGUAUUUCUACUUGAGUAAAUUCUCAAAACAUCCGGAUUUACUACUUAAGACUAUUAUAUUAUAUUAUUGCAUGUUUACUUAUUAUAAAU